AUGGAGAAAGCAAAGUCUGCCGUUUCUAGCUUCCUUUCCAACGAUGGAAAGCACAAGACCACCGUCGAUGAGGACGUUCGAGGAGCAGUAACUCAAGAGAGAGUGCUCCCACAUCAGCACGAGUCGGUGACUACCGCUCUCGAUAAGGAGGUUCACCAAGAUCAUCAUCAUACCACCAUUCAACCUAUCGCUCACAAGGAGACACUUCCCGAGCAGCACCAUCACAAUAUGGUCCCGGUCCAACACAAGGAAUUUCACCAUGAAGACGAGCAACAGACUCGGGCUACUCUGGACCGAGAAGCUGCCAAGUACAGAGACACCACUGAGACACACAGCACCACACAUUCUACUGAGACCGCUCCUACCGUCACUGGUGAGCGCAUUCAUCACCAUGUGCAUGAACAUGUCCAGCCAGUAAUCCAGAAGGAGACUGUUCAACCUCAUGUGGUUCAUACUACGAUUCCGAUUCACGAGACACACCAUGCGGCCAGCGUCCACCACGGGACUUCAACCCUCCCCGUAAAGACUCUGAACGAGUUCACCUCCGAACGCGGUGGUUUGGCUGAGAAAGCUGCUCAAAAGCUUACUGAGUUCGAAGGGUGCCCCAAACCGUACCGUCGAGAGUUGCAAAAUGAACAGCUUGAAGGUGACAAGGGCAUGCAUAUUCACGGCCACGGUGACAACUAUGGUGAGGGCCGCGGUAUUGGCCACACCGGCGAGGGUCUCGCCGCUGGUGGAAUGGCUGGCGCCGGCGCUACUGCAGCUUCUCGCAAGCACCGCCACGGCAUCGGCCAUAAGGAUCGCCGUGGAUCCAACUCUAGCAGCAGCUCCAUGAGCUCCAGCGAUGAGGAGUCCCGCGGCUUGGGCAAGACCAAGUCUUCCAAGUCCCGAGGACUUGGUAGCUCUGGAGUCGGCACUGGCGUCGGAGCUGGUGCAGCCGCAGCCGCUGCUGGCGCCGCCCAUCACCACCAUCAGAACCGUGAGGGUGCUGCAGCUGCUCCCACUAACAUGGAGGGCAACCGUGGUCUCGGAGCUACCAACGAGGGUAUUCCCGGCACUUCCGGUGUUGGUUCUGGUAUGGGAUCCACUGGAGCUAUGGGUAACACCAGCACCAUGGGUGCCAACCGCGGUAGCAUCGGAAACCCCAACACUGCCGGCCUUAACAAGCCUCACUCUGGCGGCGAGUACGACUCCAUGAAGACCGGUGGUCUUCACAACGAUCCUCUUAAGAGCAACUCUUCUCACGGCCGCGCCGACUCUGGCGUUGGAAUGACCGAGCAGCGAAAGCCUUCCCUGCUUGACCGUCUCAACCCCCUCAAGGACGCCGAUGGUGAUGGCAAGAAGGGCCUUAUGGACUAA